GGGCGUUUUUGUUUAUCAGUCAGACAUGAACACAUAACACACACAUCACAAUUUGAGUUUUUUGUUGGUUUAUUUGCUCUUUUAGUUUUGCACAUUUUGCAUAGUGCAGUUUAAGCACGUGUUCUUUUUUUCCGCAAGUAUAGUUCUUCUGCACAGUUUUGAAAAAUGGCCAAGCCACAAAAAUUAAAAAAGAAAGCUGUGUCAAUCGCCACGCCAGCGGCAAAGAAAGUGCAAGAACCACUUUUGAGAAAAAGAGAAAAGUCUGUUCAAAAAGAAGACUCUGCGGAGACCCUUGCUAGCAAGGAAGCUUCAAAGGUUCCACAAAAUUCAUUUAGCAGCAGUAGGACCUCAGUGGAAAGAGCAUCAUCAAGAUCAAGUUUAUUGGAUUCGGAAGGACUACCGCCUACUCUUGAUAGUGGUCGGAAUAGUCUUAAAAAGAACAUGAGCCUCUCAGCUUUGUUAAACGCAAAAACAUCCUUUAUUGCCCCGAAAUCCUCCUCUUUCAAGUUGGGCCCAAAAACGACUUCAAGCAGAUUGGGCGUCUCCUCGUCCUUUAUCGAGGGCAGGAAGUCCUUUAGCGCGAGAUUGGGCAGGAGGGAUGUUUCGCGCAAGUUUUCCAUCGUAGAUAAUAAGCCCUAUAUAUAUAAGCUAAAAAAUCCGGUGGAGUUGAUUUUUGAAAAACCAACAACCGAAGAUAACGAGAGUUAUUCUAGUGAGGACAGUGAAGAGAUUUUAAAAAUCAGGCAACCUUCUAAGACUACUAGUAUCGUUAGUAAUGCCUCCAGUAGUGACAAUUCCACCAUAGAAAGUCUAGUCAAUGCGGUUACUAUUGAACCCUCAAUUCAGCCCUCAGAAUCUGAAGGAGACAUGAUUACGCGCUUGGAAGCAAUGAACCUUCUCAGGUCGAUUCCAAAUUUGGAUGAAAUUAGCGCAACAACGUCCAUGGAACAGCUCCAGGACAACCUGAAAGGCAGAAAGAGUCGGAUAACCUCAUUCCGUCCUCUUGGCUCCCAGGAACACGAGUCCAGUACUACCGUUCAGACCACCACCUUACAGUAUACCUCCGAGUCUGAUGAAGCCUAUGGGAGGAACGAAAGCUCCUCAUUGGACCCAAGCUUAAUCAAGGUAGCCAGUUCUAGUCUGGAAUCUAGCAACGAUAGCAUCGAUGAAUCCCUUGAAAAUGAGGCCUUGUGGAAGGCUCCUGCGGAAUCGGUUGUCUUUGAAAGCUUUAGUGAAGGCGGGUUUCCGAUUGGAUUUGGCGCCUCUCUCCUUUUGCCAGAAGAGUCAAAAAUAGAUAGCCUUAAAAUUAAGGAUAUUGUGGAACUGUAUCUGUUCGAGCUAAUCGAUAAUGUGGUGGGUCGCACCGAGGUAUCUGAGUCCUUUGUGGCUGUCAGAUUGGACAAAGUAAAGCUCUUGGAGCAACUGGAGGAGCUGGUCGCCGACAAUCUUUCCGAAAGGUACCGAAGUGAAUACCUAACCCUCAAGAUAACCGAACACUAUCUGCGGCGAAACAAAUAUACGCUAAUCACUCCCAGUAAAAAUAAUAAAAUGAACGAGACCCAACAUCGUCGCUACAUGAGCGCCUUGAACGAUCUGGACUUCAAGAUGGGAGUCGAGAAGGUGACCCAGAUGAUCCAUGAUACGGAAACGGAGAAAUUGAAAGCUGAGUUGGAGAAGGCUCAGAAUUUGGACGAGGAACUGUCGAAUCGAUUGGAGGAAGUGGUCCGUAAUACUAUAUUGACCCACGGCCAGGCCACCGAACGUCUUGAGGCUUGUGUGAACAGUCUUCUAAGCAACAUUAGGAUACAAAGAAAUGAUAUUUCGGAAGUGCGCCUUGACUUGAUCCACAAACAGCAUCAGUUUUCAUAUAUAAUGGAGAGAAUUGAAGAAAUAAAUACAAUUUCGGAAGGUCUUAAGAUGCACACAUAUCUUGCUGUAGAAGUCGAGGCUCAACAGUUAUCUAGUAAUCUUAAUACCAAAAAAGCAGAACUGACAAAAAUGUCUAACCUAAUAACCAACAAAAUCCAUUUAAUUUCACAUCUCAGAUGUCGCCGAAAACUAAUGGCUCGAAAGCACCGGGUGGCCAAAAUAGAGUUGUUGGACUUGCAGAAGGAAUUUGCAGUCCUACGCCAGAAAGUCCACAAGGGCAAUCUAUUAAGGAAUAAGAUUUUCGCACAGAUCAACGAGUGUCGCCGGCAAGGAGGUAUAAUUCAUUUCCCCCUAUUGAUGAAGGACUACGACGACACACUUAUUUAUUUGCAACAAAAGCGAGAAGUUAUUAAGAAUUUAAGAAGACGCCGCAGAAAGAUUGAGAGAAAAAUAAGAAAUGUCGAGUGUUCGAUUCAUAUAAUGGAUUCAAGAAGCACAAUUCAGUUGUGGGAUUAAAGUAAUAAAAUAAAAUAAAUAAAAUAUAAUAUUGUAGAAGUAA